AUGUCCACGCUCAGUGACGGCCUAAUCAAGAACCUGAUCCAAGGCAAAGCCACUCGACCAGUUACCGAAGCGACUGUUGUCAAUGAGGGCGAAGUUUGGCACAUACGGUUGGUGGAUGAGUGGAAAAUCACGACGGGAAUUUGCAACCACAAGAAGAUUGACAGAGCGGGGAUCUCGUCACAGAAAAUAGCAUUGACUGGUUCGAUGACACCCAGUCUGAGAAAAAUGACGCUAAAACCGAUUAUCCCUGAGAUAAACCCCCUGUUAGCCGGCCUUGGAAGGCAUCCACAGCUCGCCCAAACGCCACAAUCACAUUACCAGCAAGCUCCAAACUGA